GCUUAAAAAACUCAGUCAAAAAGAUAUCCAAGUGAUGUUUUAGAUGAUCAGCCAUUCCCAGACUUGAAAUCUCGCUGGACGAAUAAACCAAUCACUUUACGGGACAUACUUGAACAUCUUUCUGGUUUUGUUGAAAAAUUCUUUAGAAAUGAAGUAGAUAAAUUUCUUGUAGGCAGGAGCAAUGUAGCACCCAGGCCAUUAGACAUUUUGUACACAGGUCGAAUCCCGGAAACAUUUUUUGCUAUGGGGCUAAUCUCAGUAGUUAAUUGUUGGUCGAAAAAGUAUUUCAGGGAACUAAAAGAAUCUUACAUAUCCGCGGAACGCGGUCGUGAUACCCCCAUAUUCGAAUUCUUUGAAUUUUAUGACCGACAAGAUGCAAUUGGAGCGCUUUUACUAAGCCAUUUGGAAGAAUUUAACUUGCGCAGAAAUCCAGUUAUACUAUCCAACGAAAUAACAAUGGAAGAACCCAAAAGUUGCUUAAAGCCUAUUAUCUUCAUCAAUAUCGACAUAUCGCCUACACGAAUCCAGACUGCUUUUACAUACCUAGAUAAAGAUAGACAAGUUGGACAGAAGCAAAAUAUCGAAUGUAAUAUGCAACCAUUGAAUUUUUUUAUCAAGCAAUCAGAAAUAUAUCAAAGACCAGUACUACACAUAUCAAAUAGACUGAAGUUACGUUUGGAAACGAUUUUUGAUGAUUAUCUUAAAUUAUACUCCAAUUACAUCGGACAGAGGAUGAUAAUGGAGACAACAACUAAAAUAUCUGACCAGGUUUUAAGAAAAGAGAAAACAAAGAGUACUUUCAACGAUUAUAUUAGGAUAAAAACUAGCAAAAAUCGAUCGAAGGAAAUCAGAAAGUUAUUUGUUUCCUCAAACCCAAGCCUAUUUAAACAGCUUACGGCAAACUUUGACAUGGACGAUCUUCUUGUGUCGAAUGACAAAUUUUCUGCUUCGGAUAGCGAGGGAUUUACAACAUGCCAUCCAGGUUACAUGUAUUUUUUUAUGCUCACAUAUCUGCACUGUCUCAACAAGCAAAUAGAGGAAAAAUUGGAAAGUAAUUUCGGAAAGAACUGGCAAGCCAACAAAAUUUGGUAUGGUGUCUCUAUUGAUAAAAAUCUAUCGGACAAUGUAUUCGGUACAAUAAAGAAAUUGGAAAAAUCAUUCUUUGCAAGUGGAAUACUUGGGAAGGACGACGACCUUCGACAAGCAAAAUUCUGUACCCGUGGCGAAGAAAUUCUACCCGCUAUCCAACACAAUUAUCAGCAUUUGGACUUUGGGUUGAAAUCAUACUUUGUUGUUGUACAGAUAUUUUCAAAGCAUAUUCAACUCAGUUUGCAUCAAGUGGUCAAACUGGCAUCACCCGGAGAAGAUCCAGCGUCCAUCAUUAUUCAGGAUGAAAUGAUACAAAUCAAUGAUGUAUAUGACACACUUUUUAAGAGUAUUAUGAAGAGCAUACAAAUCAAUUAUCAAGUUGACUAUUGUGCCACACAUAAGUACGGGGAAGAUACACAAUAUGAUUUCCAAUCAUUUGAGAUAUAUAGUAAUAUCUAUCGAAAUUUAAAACCAUGCGUUGUUGAACUUUUCGAAAAAAACAAAGCACAUUUAGACAUGGAUUCCAAAAUACAGCUAGAUAUCAACACGAAAUGCGAUUGCAGUAUCAGUAUUUCUCUUCGUGACAUUAUUGAAGUAGGCCUUAUGUCAGUAAUAGAGAGUAUAGCAACAAAAAUAAUGGAUUCUUUGACCAACAAGAGACUAUUUGGAGACUAUAUACCGAAUUACAUUUUUUUGUUUGGAGAUCCGUUCAAUCUGGGGCAAGGUUCAAAGAUCCACAUUGCAUACACCAUGAUUAUGCAAAAAGCGAUUGAUGACGGCGUAUAUAUUAAAGAGAAAGAUACAAAGAUAUUUGUAAUAAGAGAAUUUAUUUUCCAAUUAUUGGAGACGUUUUUAUCUGGAAAAAAGCCUUACAUGUUUGAAAGGUUUGUCACUGGAACUUUGUGCCAAGUAUCAAGCAAUACAUACGGGAUACGGAUUCCAUAUUUAAACCGUUUUACCCCUUUCACACGACUAAACAGUGAUGGUGAUAUCAAAAAUACUAUUGCAGAUGAUGGUAGUUAUUUGGUAUUUAUUCAGAAAGGGAAGCCAGUUCCAACAAAAAGGCAUAUUAUUCAAAGCAAUGAACCAAAAUAUACCAAUUUAGAAAUUCUUCAAUUAGAAAUUUCACCCAGUACUGUUCCGGACAAGUAUGCUCUAUUGCACGGCGACACUCCUGGUUGUACUACUGAAAUAUUCUACUCUAAUUUGACGUUCUAUGGUUUUCUGAGUACAUUUGUGGUAGAAUAUGAGCAGAGUAGCAUUAAUUUAUCUAUCAAAGUAUCAAGAGGAUGUAUGUGCGAUAUUGAUAACUAUAUUGAUAACCCUUAUUACGAAACCGAAAAUAUCCUGGAGCCAUUGACACUCGCGUAUAUUUAACAUAUCACUGCUACAAUAAAAUCAACCUCUUUUUAAACCACCGUUUUACCUGCGUGACU